ACUGACAGCCAGCAUGGAAAAACCCAAGUGGGACCAGGGGAAUCUUGCCCAACACCCAAAGCUCUCCAGCCCCUUGCUGGCUAAGAUUUAAGCGUCGGACCCGCCCCAGUGCCCUGUGGCACAGAAUAACAGGAGAUAAGUCACGUUUUGGAUACUUUGUGUCCUCAGGUGGCCCAGCAGCCUGUGGCGAGGUGCAUAAUCCCGGUUUCCCUCCUGUAGGACACACUAUGCACCCCAGGGAAGCGAUCCGCGCUCAUGGUGAAGCAGCCAGCACCCGAGUGCCUCCCUGCUCCUGGUGCGGUGACUGCUGCUCCAGCCUCGUCUCUGCCGGCACCGGUGGUAGAGGGAUGGGCGACGCUUCCCUGUCGGCCGGGCCUACAGCCAGCACUGCUGGACGGUUCAGCCGUCCCGCCUUCGGUUGUUCUCUAUGUCCCCACGCCCGGAGGGUAAAGCCUGGGAGUGGGGCGGGCUCGAGGCGGGGCCGGGACCGCCCACCCGGUGGCGGCGGCGGGAUGCGGCUGUCGGGGCUGUGCCUGGCGCUCCUCUGUGCCGCUGGCACCAGCGCCGAACCCCCACGGGCAGCUCGGGAGCGGCCGCCGGGCCCGGGAGCAGCUGCGGGACGGGCGGCGGCGGCGACGGGACGCGGAGGGCCGGGGGCGGCCGGCGUGGACCCCCGGCAGGCAUGGAUGCUGCUGGCCGGGAGCCCCGGGCGGGGGAGCGGCGGUCGGGCCCGCGGCGGGGCGGGGGCGGUCACGGCCCCGGCGGGCGGCCGCUCUCCGGGAAAAACGCCCCCGGCUGUGGCGCAGGGCAGUGUGCCAGGGGCUGCCCCGGACCCCCCCGCCGCGCCCGUGGAGCUGCUGAGGGAGCUGCAGCUCCUGCUCAGAGGAAUGGCAAAGGAGCAGGCAAAGGAGCAGAGGACAGCCUGGGAAGGGCGUAAGGAAGAGGAAGAACGCAGCCCCCAGGCCGGGGCCCAUCAUCGCGUGGAAGCAGCCUUCCACUGCCGAACGCGCGAAGACAUCUCCGUGGAGCAGAGAACACGACAGGAGCUGCGGCUGUUCUACAUCCCUGAGAGGGAGGAGACGUUUCACCGCGGCCCAGGGCUGAACUUGACCAGUGGGCAGUACACAGCCCCUACCGCAGGGUACUACACCUUCAGCACCACGCUGCACAUUGUGCACAGGGAGCCGCAGAGGAAGAGGCAGGUGUGCCGGGGGACACGCCUGCGUGUGCUCAUCUGUGUGCAGUCCCACUGCCAGCACAACAGAAAUUUGGAGACUUCGUCCCAGCUGGAGAGCAGGGGUGACCUUUUCACCAUCUCUGUCACCGGAGUCCUUUACCUGCAGGCCGGGCAGUAUGCCUCUGUUUUUGUGGAGAACUCUGCAGGCUCUCCCCUCACUGUUCGAAGCGGCUCCGAUUUCAGCGCCGUUCUGCUGGGGGUAUGAAGAGGCACCAGGCAGGGCACUGAACCUGUGCCAGAAGCAGCCAGACCCUUCCCUCUGCCAGCCACCAUCGCAUCUCCCCUGCUCAGCACCAAGCCCAGGGAAGAUCAUUUGCUCUUGCAGGAACUGUGGUCUGG